CACCGUGGUCACAUGACUGACUCGAGAGCGCCGUGUCCACCGAGUCAUCAAGUCAGAAGCGCAGUGCAUCCAAACACACGACCCCCGAGUUGUUGCCGAGCCAGAGCGAAGGCUCCCUGUCGCUCAAUGAUGACCAUCAUGGAGAGGAGCAGCCAGCAACUCAGGUGGCCAGAGGUCACGAGGGGAGCGGGUCUCUGAAGGCCGCCAGCAAGCGAUGGAGAAACAGCGGAGCGGCGCUUUCUUCCUCAAUAAUUCAAGAGUGACGGGGCCGACAGCAGAGGCGCUUGUCUCUGGUCCCCGGUGAAAACUCGUUUGAGAAGAGGGUGACGCGCGUGACGUGUUUCCUGUCAGGGGUGAGGGGGGUCUCCAGCACCUGCUCGCGCACCUGGAGGCAGGCGCUCGCGCCGCGAUUCCGCUGCCCGCCAGCCUGGAGAGCGACAUGGAGUGCGCGAGUCCUCCGGAGCUCUGAGUGGUGCUGUCUCUCCCUCACACUUCCCCGUCUCCGGAGCAGCAGCGGACUCACUAGGCCGCCGCCGCCGCAGCAGCAGCACCGAGCCUGCUGCCGGACUCACGCCGCCAGCGGUGAAGGCAGAGCCGCGGGCAGCGUCCAGCGCCUCCGCGGGGCCGGGUCCGCGCUUCCAAUCCCGGGAUGUGACGCGAGCUGGAGCCAAGUGCGACACCGAGCACUCGGGCCUCCGCCGCUCCGACUCUCACGCUCCGAGCGGCCGGGACGUGGUCGCGGGAGGCGCCCAGACCGCAGGUCUCGACUCACGCGCCCGUCUCCGCCUGUCGACCCCGCGCCCCUCCGCCUCACCAGACCCCGGCAGCAUGCUCUCGGACGGAGGACGCGGAGGCUGAAGAGCUCAGACCCGGAAGUGUGCUGCAGAGUGGAAGGAUGGACCGGCCGCUGGGACAGAAGAACCCACCAGAACACAGCGCCCCCUCCACCCCCACACCUCCCCGCCUCACCCCCAACCCCAUGCUGUUGGACUCCCCUGCGCCCGCUCCCACUCCCACCACCUCCUCCCCUCCUCCCCCUCUCACCCCAGCUCCCACCAUCACAGCGGCAACCCAGGGCCUCAAGGGGGCGGCGACGUCGACGACUUCUCCCCAUGGCCUGGUCCCGGCCCCGCCCAAACUGACUCCCACAGCCAGCCCCGCCCUUCGCACCUACUCCCGCCCCAUCCUGCCGUCAGGUGCCUCCUCCCCCGUCGCCGCUCCUCCAUCGUCUUCCUCGCUGUCCUCCAAGUCGUCUGCCUCGCUGACCAACGGCGGCCCCCGCCCCGUGUCCUCCUCCACGCCCAUCACCCCCUUCCACACCCCAGCUGGCCCACCGGGCCGACAGGUGUCUCACUGCCCCCCCGGGGCCUCGCCUGCUCACUGCAGGACCAAUCAGAGCAGCGGCCCCGUCAGGCAGAAGGUCCCCCAGCAGACGCUGCUGCUCGGCAAGAGUCUCCGAGGACCGGGCCAGGACCAGGUGCUGCUGCGAGCCCAGAUGCUACAGAGUCUCACCCUCAAGUCCCCCCGUCUGCCCGGGACCCUCCCCCCGUCCGUGCGCUCCUCCUCCUCCUCCUCCUCCUCAGUGACCCCGCCCGUGUCCCGCCCCCAGACCUUCCCUCCACUCCAGCCGCGACCGCCGCCGGGCAGCAGGGGGGCAGAGCGACCUCCGACCCCGACGCGUCACCUAGCCGUGCCGCCGCCAACGUUGUACUCGCCGCUGCGAGCCGUUCCUCUCCGGCCCAGACUGCACCCGCCCCGCCACAUCGCCCCCAGCAGGCCUCAGGGGGCGCUGCUGUCCGCCUCCUUCCAGUCGUCUGCAGCCAGGCAGCUGCAGAUCAUCGCGCUGUCGUCAGGCCACGCCCACUCCGUCAUGGUCUCGCCUGACCCCACCGGCCCGGCGCAGAAGGCCCAGGACCCCCCGCUGCCCACCGUGCCCGCCCCUCAGACGCUGGAGCCUGCGGGCCUGAGGCGGGAAGCUCAGAGACAGACGGAGUCAGAAGGUCCAGACCUGAAGGAGGAAGAGGAGGAGAUGGAGGUCACCGAGCAGGGAGAGAGGGGGCGGGGCCAGAGCCGACCUCCUGAGACGCUGGAUCCAAACCACACCUCCAGUUCCACAACAAGCCCAGAAUCGGCCUGUCCUUCAGUCCCGCCUCAGGUCCACAGUCCGGGUCCCUCGGACUCCACGGUGCCAGCGCCGGUCCAGAGCGCUGUCCCCACCUCGCCCACGCUGCAGGACACAAGCCAGGCCCAGCUUCCUGUCAGGACCUCCCAAGUCCACACUUCAUCUGUGUCUCCGCCCCCGACCCAGGAGCCGGCUGUGAGCCCCGCACCAGACUCCGCCCCGGCCGCGCCCCCUGAGCCACCUGCCGACCCGCAGCCUGCUCUGGAGGAGCUCAGUGAGAACUUGUCUGACACCCAGUCAGCCUUGUCCAGUCUCUCCUCUCAGUCCCCGCCCUCUUCUCCUCUCAUCUGCCCCCCCUCAGACCCGCCCCCCCUCGACCUCACUGACCUCGACCAGUCACGCUGCGAGCUGCAGCCCGUGGCCGAGUCUCUGGACCAAUCAGACGACGAGAACCAGAACUGUGGCGUGGCCUGGACGCCUGCACCCUGGCCCGCCGGCCGCGAGGUUCUGACCCACCUGGUGGAAGGGUUUGUCAUCCAGGAGGGACUGCAGCCGUUUCCUGUCAACCGCUCCUCACUGCUGGUACCAGACCAGGCCACACCAGCCAGCGUCAACGGAACCAACGGGAAGGCGCCGUCCCCUGAAGCCAGGAAGUCAGCUGACCACUCGACCGAUUCUGACAACGAAGGGGGCGGAGUCAAGGAGCCCACGGCCAAGCCGGGUCAGCGGGACCGGACCGUCCUUCACUGUCAGUUCUGUGGGAAGCGGGGCCACGCCCACAACUUCAUGCGCUCCAAGCGCUUCUGCUCCACCUCCUGCGCGCGUGGGUUCAACGUACGGCUGACCAAGCGCCUGCGCGCUCUGAGCGCCGGCAGUCGCAGCGACAGGCCACGCCCCCUUCUGAACCGGGCCGAGUCGGUGCCAGGGAAACCGCUGCUGCUGCGUCUGCCUCGAGAUCUGUGGAGCGCCGGGCGCCGCGAGAAGGAAAUGAAGGAGACGGUGGCUGAGGAGGAGGAGGAUGUGGAGGGAGGAGAGGAGGAAAACGAGGAGGACGUUCCGGACCAGACUGUUACCGUGACGACCAGGGCGGAGCCACGAGCCCGGCGGGCGUCGGCGCCGGCCGUGACCACCACCACGCCCACCAGCACCUUCAGGCCGCCGCCCUCGCAGUGGAGCGUGGAGGAAGUCACGGCCUUCAUCUGCACGCUGCCCGGUUGCGGCGACGUGGCCGAGGCCUUCCGGCUGCAGGAGAUCGACGGGCAGGCGCUGCUGCUGCUGACCGAAGACCACCUGAUGACCAGCAUGAACAUCAAGCUGGGGCCGGCGCUGAAGAUCUGCGCUCACAUCAACGCGCUCAAGAACCCGUGACCACGCCGCCGCCACCGGACUUUUGUAACUGUGUACAUACGAAGGAUUUUCAACAUUUAAUAUAUAAAUUUGUCUAUUUAGUUUUUUUAGGAGGUCGUCAUGACAACGUAGCCCACAUAACCACGUGACAACCAUGUGUUGACUUUGUACGUCUCUGUUUUCUAUCACCGUCUGUGAACGAUCGACCGUCACCUUUUUAUGCUUCGUGCUCGACUUGAUUUAAUAAAGCCAGAACCAAUCAGAGCCGCCGUCACGUGACUG